AUGUCCAAGGUUAUGCGAAGUGUCAAGAAUGUGACCAAGGGGUAUUCCAGUACCCAGGUCAAGGUCAGAGAAGCUACGAGCAACGAUCCAUGGGGUCCAACCGGUACUCAGAUGAGCGAAAUUGCUCAGCUGACGUUUAAUACGUCGACCGAGUUUUACGACAUCAUGGACAUGCUUGACAGGCGUCUGAACGACAGGGGCAAGAACUGGAGACACGUGCUUAAAGCACUCAAGGUUCUCGACUACUGUCUUCAUGAGGGCUCGGAGCUGGUUGUUACUUGGGCCCGCCAAAACGAUUAUCUUGUCAGGACCUUGAGAGAGUUUCAAUACAUUGAUGAAGAGGGUCGAGACGUCGGCCAGAAUGGUUCAACAGUACGAGUGGCCGCCAAGGACUUGUCCUCCCUACUUGCGGACGAUGCGCGACUGAGGGACGAGCGAAGCAAUAGAAGAAACUGGAAGUCUCGCGUAACGGGGGUGGAGGAGUAUGAACCGCAGCAUGCCGAGCCGUCAGCGUCCCGCCGACCUCGCGAUAGGCGAGUUUUGGCCAACGAUGAAAAUGACGCAGAAUACAGACUAGCAAUAGAGGCUAGCAAGGUUCAAGAAGAAGAAGACAGGAAAAAGCGCGAGAGUAAGAGGACUGAUGACGACGACAAUGAUCUGGCCAAAGCAAUCAAACUCAGCCAAGAGGAAGAAGAAAGAAGGCGCCGCGAACUCGAAGACAGCAACGCCAACUCUUUGUUCGAUGACUAUCCUCCUCAGCCAUCCACGUCAAAUCAACCCCAGUACACCGGGUUCAACCAGGGCUACCAGCAGGGCAACCAGGUAGACUUCUUUGCCAACCCUGUCGACCAAAACGCUGUAAUGAACCAACCCACCGGGUUCAUGAACAAUGCGUAUACUGGAUAUCAGCAAUCUCAACCAACCGGUUUCCAGCCAAACUACAACCAGGCCUUUGGUAUGCAACCCACUGGUAUGGGCUUGUAUCCCUAUGGUCAACAGCAGAACAACAUGACUGGCUUCCAGCCGCAGGCGACUGGUUUCAACCCAUAUGCCCAGCAAAUGCCUCAGCUUUCUCAACAGUCUUCGGAGUCUGCGCUGCAACCAGGCAGCAACAAUCCCUGGGCCACCAACAAAUCCCAACAACAGCCAUCCCUGAUGCCAACCCCCACAGGCUCAAACAACCCUUUCGCUCAGAACAACCGCCCGUUAACCUCGAACCCUAUUUCCACUCUGGGAGCUUUGCCAGAGCAAAAGACUUUGUCAACCUUCAACAACCAGCUGAUGAUGCAGCACCAGCAGCCCCAGCAACAACCGCAGCACACCCUCAACCCUCCCCCGCAGAAGGAAAUGAACGACUACCAAAGCAAGCUAAACAAUCUCUUGGCAACGGGCGACGGCAUGGAUACUUAUGGCAACACUGGAGAGCUUCGCAUUCCUGCUCAGCACACGGCCCCAGGCAUGUUUGCCAACAGUGCAGGUUCCGGGGUUCAGCGACUUGGUGCCAAUGCUACGGGCAAUCCAUAUAUGCGUCAACAGUUCACUGGUAUGCCAAGCGUCACAUACGGCAGCCAGCCUACCAACGGCCAGGGCAGCAACAACCCGUUUGGUGCUGGGCCGCAGCAGCAACAGGGUCAGGGCCACGACCUUAUUCAAUUCUAA